AUGGCUAUGGUAGCGAAACAAGCAUGGAAAAUUUUACAAAAUCCAGACACUUUGGUGGCUAGACUUAUUAAAGCAAGGUAUUUUCCACGAUCUACGUUGUUGGAGGCGUCCCUGGGCUAUAAUCCUAGUUUUGCAUGGCGUAGUAUCUGGAAAGCUAGACAGGUUCUGUUACUUGGGUGUAGGUGGAGGAUUGGUGGUGGUGACAAGAUACACGUCAUGUCGGAUCCUUGGUUACGUGGGAAUGGAGAACGCUGGAUUCCUUCACCUCAACCUGAAGGAAUGUAUAACUUAUUUGUUAGGGACCUGAUGGUAGAUAAUUAUAAAGCUUGGAAUGUGACUAAAAUUCGCAUGUUAUUCCCAGUCCAGGUGGCAGAAAGGAUUAUUGCGACACCUCUCAUUGGGUCGGUUUAUGUGGACAAAAUGGUUUGGGAGGAGGAACGAAAUGGGUGUUACUCUGUCAAAUCCGGGUACAAGCUUGCUAUGCAGUGUAUUUUCCGUAAUGAUAAAUACCAUGUGAAAGGUAAUUGGAAAGAAAUAUGGAAAGCGCAUUCUCCACAUAAAACGCGUCAUCUUCUUUGGCGAUUAUGUAGGGGAUGUAUUCCAACGCGGUGUCGGUUACUAGAACGUCAUGUUGAUUGUGAUGUUCAUUGUCCAUUAUGUGAGGAUGAGGUAGAAGAUGAUGUACACGUUUUUUUCACCUGCGCUUCUGCUCAAUCCAGUUGGCAAGCAGCUGGACUGUCAUCUGUCUUGGGUUCCGCAGCUUGUCAGCAAGGGAGUGCGGCAGAUAGAGUGUUUGCCUUGUGUCGGAAUGAGGAUUACGCUACUAUAGGUAGAGUGGCUAUGCUGUUAUGGAGUAUAUGGCAUAAUCGGAAUGAUAAAAUUUGGAAUGAUAAUGCUAGAAGCCCAAACCAAAUUGGCCGGGCUGCGUUUGAUCAGUGGAACGAGUGGAACGAGCGUCCAUAA